AUGGAUCCCAUCACCAUUGGCAUUCUUUACUCUGGGUACAAGCUGAUCAAAAAAUGUCGUCAAAUUGAUCAACUGGGAAAGCUGGCGGAGGAGGCCAAGACACUACGCGAUUCGAUCAAGAACGCUCCAAGGACCCGCGCCAAGCUGGAUACCCUCAUCCACAAUGCGGAGUUACGAAAGCAAAAACAGCAAAACGGCCUUGUGCUCCAAGUUACACUUUCUGUCUGCGGAGCGGACCUGCUCGAGGACUUUGCGGACGCCUUUGAGAUUUUGCUCGACGAGCUUGACGAGGCUGACGGCGACUGCGGCGCCAUGGAUGGCUACGACGAGGAACAGGAUGAAAAGGAGAAGGACGAGGAACAGAAGGAGCGCAAGGAGCUGCGGAAGCGACUGAAGGAGCUGGAAGAGCGCUACAGGAAGAUUGCUGGAAGGCAGCGCAAGCAGAGCCAGAAGAAGCAGAAGAAACUGAAGCAGUGA